AAUCUGAUCGUAGGGACGGGUGCGCUGACAAUGCCGGCCGCCUUUGCCAACGCCGGUUGGGCCGGCUCUACGGUUGUGGUGGUCGUACUUUGUCUCGUCUCAUACAUUACCACCACAUUUGUCAUCGAAACCAUGUCUUUGGCCAACGCUCUCAUUAAAUACAAUCAACAAAAAGCGGUCAAACGGCGAGCGCCUACUGAUCGUCACUGUGAAGGCCAGUCGUCCAGUCAUUACGAGGCGUCGGCAGCCCUACCGCCUGACAAAUCCUACUCACACUUCGCCAGUAGUUACGAAACGCUUCCACUUUUAGACAGCGAAGACACCGGCGAUGACCAGCGCUUUAACCGGUCCUCCAUUGGCAGCGGCGCCGAUGAUAUGGUUGUCGCCUAUAAGCCGACGAAGGAACAGGAGCUGAGGGAACGUGUGGUGAACGGCGACCCCAGCGAUGAGGACAUGGAUGAAGAGGACAACUACUUCGCUAUCACACAAAAGGUAGAGUUGGGUGCGAUGGCCGACAUGUUCUUCGGCGCCAUUGGUGUCAAACUGUUUUACGUGACGAUUGCUAUCUAUUUGUACGGAGAUUUGGCCAUAUAUGCGGCCGCCAUUAGUAAAUCGCUCCGGGAUGUUACCUGUUCAUAUGAACCGAAGAAUUGUACGGCCAGUCUAUCGCUGUCCGACCAGUGCUGGACAGGCAUGGAGUCCAUAAGCCGUCAAAACGCGUACCGCAUAUAUCUGGCCGUAACGCUGCUAUGUAUCGGUCCCUUCGCCUUCUUCAACGUUCAGAAAACAAAGUAUUUACAAAUGUUGACAACACUUCUCCGAUGGAUAGCCCUGUCGUCGGGCAAAGCCCGGGGCCGGCCCUCGUCAUUGUCCAUAUCGGGCGUCCCGAACCUCUUCGGGGUCUGUGUCUACUCAUUCAUGUGUCACCACUCGUUACCAUCGCUGGUCACUCCCAUUAACGACAAGCGCCGCAUAUUUUCAUUAAUACUCACCGAUUAUCUAUUGAUUCUCGACAUGGUUUCGAUGACAAAUGUGGUGGUAAUGUAUGAGACGAGACAAAGUACGACCACCACAACCGUAGAGCCGGCCCAACCGGCGUUGGCAAAGGCGGCCGGCAUUGUCAGCGCACCCGUCCCUACGAUCAGAUUGAACAGGUAG